AUGUCAUCAUCUUUGUCAGGCAUCCUGAAAGUUUGGGAAGUUGCCACAGCUGCUUGUGUAUACACCCAGCCUGUGCCCUUUGAGUCGAAGGAGGAGGCCAGCGAGCGCAGUCUCACUCAGUGCAUGCUUGUGCCCGAGAGAAAUGAGAUUGUCACGGUGUCUGUGGAACACAACAUUGUUUUAUAUGACGCUCAAACUCUUCAUCUCAAGAAGCAGCUUGCAGGUUACAACGAUGAGGUUCUGGACGUGAAGUUCCUUGGGCCCAGUGAUUCUCACAUUGUCGUGGCUACCAACAGCCCUCAGCUGAAAGUGUUUGAACUGGCAACAUCACACUGCCAGAUCCUCUACGGCCACACAGAAACAAUUCUUGCUUUGGAUGUCUUCAGAAAAGGCCUGAUGUUUGUCAGCUGUGCUAAGGACAAAAGCCUUAGAGUCUGGCGGAUGAACAAAGAUGGAAGGGUGAUCUGCGUCGCCCAAGGAUUGGGCCAUGCGAAUGGGGUAGGCGCAGUCUCUUGCUCAAGACUGAAGGAAAGCUUCAUAGUAUCCAGCAGCCAGGACUGCACAAUCAAGAUCUGGAAUAUCCCGGAAUCCCUCACUUCCAAAGCAAAAGCAGCCUUGAUCUCUAGUCCAGAAACCCUUCAUGCAAAAGUGACUGAGAGGGGUCAUGACAAGGACAUAAACAGCGUGACAGUUUCUCCGAAUGACAAGCUCAUUGCCACAGGCUCGCAGGAUCGGCUGGCCAAGCUGUGGUCCUGUUCUGAUUGCUCUUUGCUGGGUGUCUUCACUGGACAUAAGCGUGGAAUCUGGUGUGUGCAAUUCUCCCCAGUGGAUCAGGUCUUGGGCACCUCUUCAGCAGAUGGGACCCUGAAGCUUUGGGGUCUUCGGGACUUCAGCUGUUUGAAGACCUUUGAAGGUCAUGAUGCCUCUGUACUGAAGAUCAUUUUUGUAAGCCGAGGAGCACAACUGCUCAGCAGUGGUUCUGAUGGUCUCUUAAAACUCUGGACAAUUAAAACAAAUGAGUGUGUGAAAACAUUAGAUGGUCAUGAAGAUAAAAUCUGGGGUCUUCACUCUAGCAAGCAAGAUGAUAUGGUUGUGACAGCAUCCAGUGACUCCUGCAUCAUGCUGUGGAAGGAUGUAACUGAAAUCGAAGAGAAGGAGGCACAAGCUAAACAGGAGGAGCAGAUUAUGAAAGAGCAAGAGCUUUCUAACCUGCUUCAUGAGAAAAGAUACCUCAAAGCUUUAGGGUUGGCAAUCUCUCUGGAUCGUCCACACACAGUGUUGAUGGUGGUCAAAGCCAUCCUCAAGGAAACCGAUGGGAGGAAGCACUUGGAAGAGAACAUUGUUCGGCUCCGGAAGGAUCAGAAAGAGGCUGUCUUAACAUUCUUGGUGACGUGGAAUACAAACUCUCGAAACUGCCACGAAGCUCAAGUUGUCAUUGAAACCCUCCUGAAGCACGAAGCACCAGACAGCCUCCUGCAGUACUCGGGCAUUAAAUCAGCUGUGGAGUCCCUGCUGCCUUACACCGAGCGCCAUUUUCAGAGACUGAGCCGAUUGCUACAGGCCUCCAUGUUCAUUGAUUUCAUGUGGCAAAACAUGCGGCUGGCUGAUGCGCCCCAGCAGGAAGACAUGACUUUGUGACCCUCCUCCCACCAGUUGCUCUUUCCAGAGGGGAGAGUCUGAACUGCUUUCCCACAAGGUAUGGCAACUGGACUAUUCCUGUAUUUUAUAAUA